UCAAUUCACUCAGGAAACAAGAAAAUGGCAGCAACAAAGUCUUCCAUUCCAGCCACAAACUAUGUUCCAAUUUACGUCAUGCUCCCACUCGGAGUUGUUACUGUUGAGAAUGUGCUCCAAGACCCAGAAGGGCUGAAGAGACAGCUACAGAAGCUACAUGAAGCUGGGGUUGAUGGGGUUAUGGUUGAUGUGUGGUGGGGGAUCAUAGAGCUGAAGGGACCUAAGCAAUAUGACUGGAGCGCAUAUAGGAGCUUGUUUCAAGUGGUCCACGAAUGUGGCUUGAAACUGCAAGCCAUCAUGUCCUUUCACCAAUGCGGAGGUAACGUAGGAGAUGUCGUCAACAUCCCUAUUCCUCAGUGGGUUCUCGACAUCGGAGAAUCAAACCCUGAUAUCUUCUAUACCAAUCGCUCUGGCACUAGAAACAAAGAAUAUCUCACUAAUGGCGUUGACAACGAGCCUCUCUUCCAUGGACGAACCGCCAUUCAGAUAUACAGUGACUACAUGAAGAGUUUCAGAGAAAACAUGUCCGAUUUUCUGGAAGCUGGACUCAUCAUAGACAUUGAAGUCGGGCUUGGUCCAGCAGGAGAGCUCAGAUAUCCCUCUUAUCCACAAAGCCAGGGAUGGGUUUAUCCUGGUAUUGGAGAAUUUCAGUGCUAUGACAAAUACCUGAAAGCACAUUUCAAGAAGGCAGCAACAUCCGCUGGACAUUCUGAAUGGGAACUGCCAGAUGAUGCAGGGAAGUACAAUGAUGUCCCAGAAUCCACUGACUUCUUUAAACCAGACGGCACAUACCUCACUGAGAGAGGGAAGUUCUUCCUGACUUGGUACUCAAACAGAUUGCUGGAACAUGCUGAUCAGAUCCUUGAUGAAGCCAACAAAGCUUUUCUUGGCUGUAAACUUAAAUUAGCAAUAAAAGUCUCAGGAAUACACUGGUGGUACAAAGCUCCAAGUCAUGCUGCUGAGCUUACUACUGGAUACUACAACCUAGAUGAUAGAGACGGGUAUCGACCAAUAGCACGAAUGCUGUCUCGUCAUGAUGCUAUUUUGAAUUUCACUUGUCUUGAGAUGAGGGAUUCAGAACAAAGCUCUAAUGCCAAAAGUGGACCUAAGGAACUUGUUCAACAGGUUUUGAGUGGAGGUUGGAGAGAAGACGUUGAAGUUGCUGGAGAAAAUGCACUUUCAAGGUAUGAUGCAACAGGUUACAACCAAAUCCUCCUGAAUGCUAGACCAAAUGGUGUCAACAAAAGUGGCCCUCCAAAACUGAAAAUGUAUGGGGUAACAUACCUGCGUCUAUCAGAUGAUCUUCUGGGAGAAUCAAAUUUCGAAAUAUUCAAGAAAUUUGUUGGAAAAAUGCAUGCUGAUCUGGAUUACAUAGAAGACCCUCAAAAGUAUGGUCACUACUUAACUCCGUUGAAGCCAUCAAAACCAAAGAUUCCUAUCGAAGUUCUUCUUGAAGCAACCAAACCAAUUCCGCCAUUCCCAUGGGAAUCAGAAACAGACAUGAAAGUUGAUGCUUGACUUGCCAACCAGGUGUAAAAGAUCUUUUCAAGGCCAGAUGGAAUAGAUUACCACUUUUACCCCUAUAUUCCCAUGUG